AUGAAGAUAUCUAAGUGGAGGUGGAGCAGCAUCUCCAUCAGCACACGAUCCCAGCUGAAAGGCAUCCUGGCCCUUCUCUUUGUGGGUAAUGUUGCCUUUGUGAUAGCUCAGGACCUGGUGCAGACCUCCAACAGCCUGGAGGAAGGGGCAGACGUCACCGCGUACUGGUGGGGGGAGUGGACCAAGUGGACGGCGUGCACCAGGACCUGCGGGGGGGGCGUCAAGUCCCAGGAGCGGCACUGCCUGCGGCAGAGAAGAAAGUCAGCGAGUGGGCUGGCUAAUAAAACUUGCACUGGAACAUCCAAAAGAUACCAGCUCUGCAAAGUACAAGAGUGCCCUGCAAACGGAAGGAGCUUUCGAGAGGAGCAGUGUUCAUCAUUUAACUCCCAUGUGUAUAACGGCAGAACAUAUCAAUGGAAACCUUUAUAUCCUGAUGACUAUGUUCACAUUUCUAGCAAGCCCUGUGACCUCCAUUGCACCACCGUGGAUGGUCAGAGACAGUUAAUGGUUCAGGCUCGGGAUGGAACAUCCUGCAAAUACACUGAUUUCCGAGGGGUUUGCGUGUCUGGAAAAUGUGAGCCGAUUGGAUGCGAUGGCAUUCUCUUUUCCACCCACACCUUGGAUAAAUGUGGAGUUUGCCAAGGAGAUGGGAGCAGCUGCACUCACGUCACCGGCAGUUACAGGAAAGGAAAUGCUCAUUUGGGCUAUUCCCUGGUAACACACAGUCCUGCUGGAGCAAGGGAUAUCCAGAUAGUAGAACGGAAAAAGUCUGCAGAUGUUCUGGCUGUGGCUGAUGAAGCUGGGUACUAUUUCUUCAAUGGGAACUACAAAGUUGACAGUCCAAAGAACUUCAACAUUGCAGGCACAGUGUUCAAGUACCGGAGGCCCAUGGAUGUUUAUGAGACUGGCAUAGAAUAUAUUGUUGCACAAGGACCAACAAAUCAAGGGUUGAAUAUAAUGGUCUGGAAUCAAAAUGGCAAGAGUCCAUCCAUCACAUUUGAAUACACCCUCCUGAGGAAAACACACUCAAAAAAUCUGCAGCCCAUCUACUACGCCUUCUCUGAGUCGGACAGUGAAGAAAGCAGAGAGUUUGAUGGAGAUGUGCCAUUGGGCUUUAUCCAGCACAAUGCAACCUAUUUUGGGAAAAUCUCCAGGGAAAGGAUAGACUUGGAGAACCAGGUGUUUGGAAGGCAGGACACGGAGGAAGAUUUGAACUUGAGCAAAGGUCAGGAAACCAAUGAGGUCUAUGAAAGAGCAGAAACAAUUGACUGUGAGCUAAAACUGAAGGGCAAACAACCCCAAGGUUCUGGUUUCUGGUGGGUGGGGGAUUCAAACGUAACCAGGUCUACUUACCAGACAGACCAUAGAGACAGAGACUUCGACCCGAGGUUCACCUCCAGGGAAUUCCUUUUGGAGAAUGCCAUCACGGACAAGCUGCUGGACAAGACCUCGGACUCCAAGGAGCUGAUGCUCAACAUGACCAUGAACAGCAUCUUUGCCCAGGGAGACCCAAUCAACUCCAUGGGGUCGCAAAUCGACAGCCUUUAUAUUGACUAUGAGGACACUGAUGGUGGUGUGACCUACACCAUUAACAGCACUUAUAUGGAGCUGAGCAAUGGCAAAGCCAUCAACACCUCUACAGAGACACCAUUUUCAAAUGCCACUGUCACCAUGAGCAGCCCUCAAGGGAACAGAACUCACAAAGCAAGAAACAGAUUGAAGUUGUUAAGAAAGGGCCAAGGUGUGAGUGCUGCUGACAUGUACAGGUGGAAGCUUUCCUCCCAUGAACCCUGCAGCUCUACAUGCACCACAGGAGUGAUGUCCACAUAUGCAAUGUGUGUUCGCUAUGAUGGGAUCGAAGUGGAUGAGACUUACUGUGAUGCCAUGACCCGUCCCGAGCCCAUUCAUGAGUUCUGUGCUGGGAGAGAGUGCCAGCCAAGGUGGGAGACGAGCAGCUGGAGCGAGUGCUCCCGCACUUGCGGGGAGGGAUACCAGUUCCGCAUUGUCCGCUGCUGGAAGAUGAUCUCUCCAGGAUUUGACAGCUCCGUCUACAGUGACCUCUGCGAGUCCGCUGACAUCGCGCGGCCGGACGAGCGCAAGGUCUGCAGGAACCCGGCCUGUGGGCCGCAGUGGGAGAUGUCCGAGUGGUCCGAGUGCUCGGCGCGGUGCGGGGAGCGGAGCGUGGUGACACGGGACAUCCGCUGCUCGGAGGACGAGAAGCUGUGUGAUGCCAGCACCCGGCCCCUGGCCGAGAAGAACUGCACGGGGCCGCCCUGCGACCGGCAAUGGACUGUCUCUGACUGGGGACCG